UUGUCAGCACAGAAAAAAACACAGUCAGGCUCGACUCGAUCGAAUAAUCGAUCUGAAUUCCCUCUCUCUCUCUCGUUAGCCCCAAUAGUAUUAUUAGAAUGUUAUGCAUCAGUAGUGUAUGGUCCAAAAAAACCCACACUCGUCCAUUGUACUAGUACAAAGAUCGAUUCUCUGUACGUGCAUGUUCGUUGCGUCCAAAAUAAAGCCAAAUCACAGCUUACGUUCGCUCGAUCACAGACUCCCAAAACCCAACAUCGCUGCCUCAAGAUUUUGCUUCAUUCCUUUCUUUCUACAAUUUUCUUGAAGAUCGUACCGCCGGUGUUUUUAUAAAGAAGAAGAUCAAGAAUAUUGAAGAACAAGAAGAAAAGGAGCGCAAGAUGGCUACAAAGCUUGUUUUGAUUACAUUCGCGAUAUGUAGGCUGCUUAUUACGGUGGGGCUGACCAUGGAACCGGCGGAGCUGCUCCGUCUCGUGGUGGACGGACAGCUCAGCCUGGAUCCGUCCGACGUGGAGACGGCGUCCAAGGACUUUGGUCUCAUGAGCCGAGCGGAGCCGUUGGCCGUUAUGCACCCGGCUUCGGCGGAAGACGUAACGCGGCUCGUGCGGGCUGCGUACUCUUCCGCCAAGGGCUUCAGCGUCUCAGCUCGUGGGCAUGGCCACUCCAUCAACGGCCAGGCCCAGGCGAGAAAUGGGGUGGUGGUUGAAAUGAGCGGAGGGAACCGGGUUGGGUCGGGGAAGCCGGCCGCCGGCCGGAGUGAGACUGUGGGUCGGGUUGUUUCGGAGAAGGGUUUGUACAUGGACGCGUGGGGAGGGGAGCUGUGGAUAGAGGUGUUGAGGGCGACGUUGGAGUAUGGACUCGCCCCCAAGUCGUGGACAGACUAUUUGUACUUGUCAGUAGGCGGUACACUCUCCAACGCCGGAAUCAGUGGCCAAGCUUUCAACCAUGGACCUCAGAUUAGUAAUGUUCUUGAGGUUGACGUUGUUACAGGCAAAGGCGAGCUCUUGACAUGUUCAGAAGAGAGAAACUCAGAGCUGUUCCACGCUGUUCUUGGUGGGCUUGGCCAGUUUGGAAUCAUCACUAGGGCUAGAAUUGCCCUUGAACCAGCCCCCAAAAGGGUGAGGUGGAUCCGAGUACUGUAUUCAAAUUUUUCGGCCUUUACCAAAGACCAGGAAUAUCUGAUCUCUCUGCAUGGGCAACCCAGCAGCCAGAAAUUCGAUUACGUUGAGGGUUUCGUUAUUGUCGACGAAGGCCUCAUCAACAACUGGAGGUCAUCUUUCUUCUCCCCAAGCAACCCUGUCAAGAUCUCCUCCAUUGAUUCUAAUGGGAAUGGAGGUGUUUUAUAUUGCUUGGAGAUAACCAAAAACUACGAUGAUUCAACCGCUGAUACUAUUGACCAGGAAAUAGAGGCUUUGUUAGAAAAACUGGAUUUUGUACCGACAUCAGUGUUCACUACUGAUCUUCCCUACGUGGAUUUUCUGGACCGGGUUCACAAGGCCGAGUUGAAGCUCCGGUCCAAGGGCUUGUGGGAUGUUCCCCAUCCAUGGCUCAACCUUUUUGUCCCCAAAUCAAGGAUUGCUGACUUCGACGAGGGAGUGUUCAAGGGCAUUUUGGGAAACAAAACAAGCGGCCCGGUUCUCAUCUACCCCAUGAACAAAGACAAGUGGGACCAGCAGAGCUCGGUGGUGACGCCGGAUGAGGAUGUUUUUUACCUUGUGGCAUUGCUGAGAUCGGCUUUGGAUUCCGGGGACGAAACUCAUACGUUGGAGUACCUGACCGAUCAGAACCGUCGGAUAUUCAAGUUCUGUGAUGAAGCAGGGAUCAAGAUAAAGCAAUACCUUCCCCACUACACAACACAGCAAGAGUGGAUGGACCACUUCGGGGAUAAGUGGCCUCAGUUUUACCAGCGAAAGAUGGAGUUCGAUCCCCGGCAGAUUUUAGCCACCGGCCAAUGUAUAUUUGCCGGCCCCUCGGUUUCUAUAGCCGGUCACGAUCAAUUGUGAUCGGAGAAUUGAUUCAUCAUGUACAAACCACUCAGUAGGAGCAGCAGCAGCAAACUUAGGGAGGGAUGUAUCUCACUGCCUGUUAAAUUAACUAGUCCAAUGUACAAAUAAUAAUAGCAGGAAUGAGGAAGGGUAAUUUUGACAAUUAAAACUAGAAAAGCUAGAAGGAUUUUUUUUUUUUUUUCAGGGUGUCACCAUGGUGCUCUGCAACUGGAUAUGUAAUGUUGUUUGUAUCAUGCAGUGCCCGUGAACCC